GAGGCUUAAACCCUAACAUUCCGAUGCGCUCGCUUUAGUCCCGACGUCUAAACCUUGACCCCGGUAUGUUGGUUGGGACUCCGCGUCGGUUGAUGUUUGCAAAUUGCGGUUUGCCAAUCGUCUCGGCCAACUCUUUGUUCUGGCAAUUGCGUGGUUUUAGUGUAGGAAGGUUUUGACGCCUUGCGGUGUUUCAAUUCCGUUUUGCUCUGUAAUUUGUGUGUGUUGUGUUUUUUCUUUUGCCACUCUUUUUUGUAGUGUUCCUGAGACGAGGAGUUUUUGAGUCGGCGGUUUAGGGGAGCCGAUUUUGAGGAGAGAACGGGGCUCGCGAAAAUGAAUCGUGCAUGGUAGCAAUCGGUGUGUUGGAACCGAUUUCGGCGGUUGGUAGGACUGGGAGGAGGAUCUCAGAUGUUAAACUGGUUGGAUUGCGCUCGCAUCAGGAUUGUGCACCAACAUUUAACCUAGGCGGUCGUGUGAGAGGCGGAAUGUGGAGGGCGGCAGUAAGGCAGUUAUCGAGACAGCCGCGGGAGGGGUUGCGGGGCGCGGGCAAUUGUUCUUCGCUGUUUUGGUCGCAGUCGUUGCAAUCCCGAUGGACGUCUGGCUCGGCGGCGGCUGCUGUUGGUCAGGUUCAUGUCAGGGCGGUUGACAAGGACGUGAAUGUUGAUGCUCGAUGGCCCUUGAGAGACACUAAAGUUGGAUUCUCCAGAUCGUCGUCUGAUUCUGUGCCAUCGAGUAUAGAUCAGACGCUGGAUGCAGCUCUGCACAAUGUCGUGAAUCUCCCUUGGCUAUUCUUGCAGGGUGUACCUGCCCAGGAUGUUGGAAACUUUCAUGCUAGACCUGGAGAGAGGCCAGCGCUAGAUUACUGUCGUACUUAUGCAAGUGCGGCGGAAGCAGUAAUUGAUGAUGAUGAUGAAAGUGAAGAAGAGUGUGCUCCUGAGGAACCUCCUCAAUCUGUAGACUUCAACAAGGCAAAGACAGCGAAGGAACGUGCUGCGGAGAGCAGAAAGGCCAGGUGGAAGGAGAAGGCAUUGCGUAUGCGUCAGUUUAAAAUUGAGACUGAGGCAUGGCAUCAAGCAGCGGCAGAGUACAAGGAGCUAGUUGCAGAAAUGUGCAAGAAAAAUUUAGCUCCGAACUUGCCAGCCACUCGAUCGUUACUCCUUGGCUGGUUUGAGCCCUUGAGAGAUGCUAUUGCACAAGAGCAGAAGGAUUACGAAGAGCGCAAUUUCAGAGAACACCGUGCCAUUUAUGGCCCGUUUUUGGCUAAGCUUCCAGCUGAUAUGCUAGCUGUUAUCACUAUGCAUCGCCUGAUGAGUCUCCUUAUGAGUGAUCAGGAGCAUGGAUGUGUUAAAGUAGUUCAUGCAGCUCUGCAAAUCGGAGAAGCUGUGGAGCAAGAGGUCGGUAUUUACAAACUUCUACGUUCCAAGAGGAAGGUGGCGAAGAAGGUGAAAAAUAAAGUUAGUGGAGAUGCUCUUGAUGAUCUGGACACUAACACGGAUGACUCGAUAGCGAAUUCUGUUCUUGAUUCUGAUCUCAAACUGAAGUUGGCCAAAGAGAAAGUGAAGAAGUUAGUGAAACAACAGAAAUUGCGAUUGGUUGGUAAGGUAGUGCAGCAAGCCAAUGGCGACGAGCCCUGGGGACCUGCUAUACAAGUCAAGGUUGGAAGUAGACUACUUGAACUCAUGCUAGAGACUUCUGUUAUGCGUUCACCUGCGGACCAAAAUGCUCAGGAUAUGACAGAACUGCGUCCAGCGUUUAAGCAUACGCUGAGAAAUUAUCCUAUCAAAAACAAAAACAAUAUGAAUCGAAUAUACGGUGUUAUUGAGUGCGACCCUGCUGUCAUGAGUGCAUUAGAUAAGUCUGUGCAACACAUGGUCAUGCCUUACAUGCCAAUGCUGGUGAAGCCGCGUGCAUGGACCGGGUUUUAUGAUGGUGGGUAUUUGCAUCUGAAGUCAACUAUUAUGCGGACACAUGGGGCGAAGGAGCUACGUGAUACUAUCAUAUCUACUCUUCGGCAAGAUAUGAUUAAAAUUGUACAGGCUCUGGAUGCACUGGGCUCAACUCAAUGGAAGAUCAAUAAUGUCGUACUGGAUGUGUUAGAGCAAAUGUGGAAAGAUGGUGGACGUUUGGCAGAUCUUGUGGAUGCAGAAGAUGUUCCACUUCCAGAUAAACCUGAAUCAGAUGAUUUUGAGGAGAUACGUAACUGGAGGCGACAUACUGCCUCAGCAAAGCGCACGAAUAGUGAACGGCACUCCGUGCGUUGUGACACUGAACUAAAGCUAGCGGCUGCUCGUAAGUUACGAGAUGAGGAAGGUUUCUUUUACCCACAUAACUUAGAUUUUCGGGGCAGAGCCUACCCGAUUCAUCCGCAUCUGAACCAUUUGGGAUCAGACAUGUGCCGAGGUAUCCUGCAGUUUGCAGAAGGUCGAGCACUGGGGCCGACAGGUUUGCGAUGGCUCAAGAUUCAUCUUGCAAAUUUGUAUGGUGGAAAAGUAGGAAAGAUGUCAUUUGAUGCGCGAGUUGCUUGGGUGGACGAAGUGAUGGAGAAAGUGUUUGACUCUGCGGAUAGACCUUUGGAUGGAAGUCGAUGGUGGCUAGAUGCUGAAGAUCCUUUUCAGUUUUUGGCAACUUGUCUGGAUAUUCGAAAUGCCAUCAAGUCUGGAAACCCAGAAACUUAUGUCUCGCAUUUGCCUGUGCAUCAGGACGGCUCUUGCAAUGGCUUACAACAUUAUGCUGCACUAGGACGUGAUAGGAUUGGAGCAGAAUCUGUAAAUUUGGUUGCUGGGGAUAAGCCAGCAGAUGUUUAUUCAGGCAUUGCAGCCAGGGUUCGUGAGAUAAUGGAAAGAGAUGCCCAGAAAGAUCCAAAAACAAGCCGCCAUGCUGCUAAUGCAAAGUUGCUACUCCCUGAAAUUGAUAGAAAGCUUGUCAAGCAGACAGUGAUGACAUCAGUGUAUGGAGUUACUUUUGUUGGCGCCCGCAUGCAAAUAUUUAAUAGAUUGAAGGAGCGUGGAACCAUCCAAGAGCAGACAGAGAUGUACAGGGCUGCCUGUUAUGCUGCCAAGACAACGUUAAACGCAUUGGGAGAGAUGUUCAAAGAAGCUCGUUGCAUUAUGAGCUGGCUUGGAGACUGUGCGAAGAUCAUUGCCUCAAAUGGAGAAACUGUGAAGUGGACUACUCCUCUUGGACUUCCCGUUGUGCAACCUUACCGCAAGCCUGGCAGACAUUUGGUCAAGACUUCUUUGCAAGUCCUUGCCCUUCGUAAUUUGGACGCUGAUCAACCUGUUUUAGUGCAGCGGCAAAAAAGUGCUUUUCCACCAAAUUUUGUACAUUCUCUUGAUAGUACUCACAUGAUGAUGACUGCCUUGGCUUGUCAAGAGGCAGGUCUUACUUUUGCAGGUGUGCAUGAUUCAUACUGGACACAUGCAGGUGACGUAGAGCAAAUGAACAGCCUGCUCCGUGAGAAGUUUGUUGAACUCUACAGUCAACCAGUUUUGGAAAAUCUUUUAAAAAGUUUUCAGGAGCGGUUCCCAACAUUGGUUUUCCCCGAAGUUCCUGCUAGAGGUGAUCUAGAUCUAAAGGAGGUUCUGCGUGCACCUUAUUUCUUUAAUUAGCCUAGGUGAAUCGUAUAGCUUCUUUCUAGACUUUUAGUUUUUACCUUCAUGCAGAAGCAGUUCCGAGUAUUUGGUGGCAUCCAUCUUUUUGGAGAGAACCCAAGUAACUGCUGCUGGUACAUCUUUGAGGCCACGACAAGAAACAACAUUCUCGUGCACUUUUCAUCGUCAAUAUGCCUUAACUGGGAGUCUCGACAGCGCUGCGUGGUAAAAAUAGUCUUCUGUGUGGCCGCCUCAUUUAUCAAACAACGACGAUACUUCUUGGCUGGGAGUGUUUGGAAUACAUUAUAGUUGGUACCUUCCACAAGCUACAUGAUUAUACGAGGUACCACUGCGCCAGAUUGGUGGAGGUAUCACUGCUAUAAGUGGGAAGAAGCCACAAUGAGUUGCAAUUGAACUUCUGGGGGUCGGUAAACUUUUGUGUACUCUGGAGAGUUUUUAGACUCUUAAAAAGUAACAGAAGAUUCUUUCAAAUAGCAGGACUGGUGGAGCAGCGAUCUACGGAUCAGAAUCAGGGACCCUGACUCGGAAUUAGUUUUCUUAGAUUUCAGAGACUCAAAGAUUAAUUAGCACAAGAUCAUUUCGAAUGUACAACAUCAGAACUUCCCAAACCUCCUUGCACAGAAUUGGCGUGCAAUUGGUGUCAAUACCCUGUUGUUUCCAGUUUGUUUUGAUACUAAGAAUCCUUCAUGGUUA